AGUUGUCACCGAGUAUACAAAUGUACAUAAAUAAACUGAUCAAGAAUAAAACACGUUAAAACAUUUAAAAAUACAAUAAAAACUAUAAAAAUGGAAAGGCGCAGUGGACUUGGUUCGCGACACCGCUCGUGGAUGCAAUCCUUCCUAAAGACCGCACGAUCCCACAAGGAACCCGAGUCCCAGAAGAACGUGAUGGACAUAAAAUCCGACUCCACCGCGCUGGAAUUUCGCCAGCGCAGAAGCCUCAAGGACGUCAACGACCAAGAGGGCAAGAAAAUACUGGACGACAUAAUCCAGGACAUUUUCGACAAGAAGGCGGGCACCAUCACACUGUCCGAAUCGGAGUGUUCGCUGGACGAGGACAUGCGGGAGUCCAUGAGCAUGGAUCCGCGCCUCAAGCUGUGGUACGAUACCCUCCAAAAUCGUGCCACCGUCCAGGCGAAGAUUCAGCGGAAGUUGGGGCGCCGUCCACACGAGAUGCUGAUCAACGUGGGCAGCACAGGGGCUCCUGGGGAUCGUGGAACCGUGGAGCGGCUGCUAGACCUCGCCGGUCGCAUGAACCCCACGACCUUGGCCCAGAAAAAACCAGCUGUUCUUCCCGCCCAUGUAGAUUGCCAAUGCCGGGAACUCCCCGAACUUCAGGAGACCCUACCGCGGGCUGAGAAAAGCGGUCAAGCGGAGUUAGAGGUCAGUGGUCUGACCCGAGCCACCAAGCAGGAGAUCCUGGGCACGACGCACCUGCCCCCAGAGAAGCCCAGCCAGUGGUUAAGGUCAAAGGUGCUGGAAGAGAGCAUCGAGACUAAGAAAGGUGACAUAAAACGCGUACUGCCCUUCUUCCCCAAGUUGGACAAGCUGGAAGUGGUGGGAAGUUGUCCCAUGCAGGAUAUCCCCCACCAUGACAACGACAACAAGAUCGAACGAGUGUCUUGCAAAUCCAUUUUCAGCCUGAGCAGCACGUCGGAGAUCCUGCCGGAGGAUGAGCCAAAGCAGGAGGACCUCCCAAAGGCCGAGCCUGAACAGGAAUCUUUGGUGGCUCGUGCAGCCGUCAAGAUCAACGGCGUGGUGUUCUUUAACUCAGGCAAGAGAAGUCUCCUGCCCGACAUCGCGAACGUCUUCUUCGAGUGCCACCCGUUCCAAAAUGAGGUCAAGGAGGUGGCUCGCGUGGAGAACGUGGGCGUCCAGGUGCUAACCUGCCAGUGGGCCAUUGCGGAUUGCAAACGUGUUGGGAAGUGCAUUGUCCAGUGCCACAACUUCCUGAUGUCCCAGACCACCUUCACGGUUUUUCCCGGCGAGGAGGUGGUGUGCCGGGCGCUCUUCCGUCCGCGGUUUUGCUCCCUGUUCAAACAGCGCUUCGAACUCCGCAUCUUUCCCAAUGUAACUGGAUCAGCCAGAGGAUUUUUUGUGGCCCGACUCACGGGAAGAUGUGUUCCGGCACCGGAGUACACAAAUAAACUAGAGAAGCUGCAGAACUCGGUCACUGAUAAGUCCAAGAAGCGGAUGGCCGAUGACUUGAACCAGCUGCAGGCAUCCAUAGUGCCCCUCCGGCAGCCCUAUGAGGUAAUGUGUCCGUAUGAGCGAAUCUUUGACGAGCGGGAGGUGUUCAAUGCCGAAAAUACGGGCUACAAGUGCGAACGAUUCGACGACCUGGAGACUUUGAAAGCCAUAUACCAGGAUCUGAAGACUACAAGGGAGCCCGCUUGGGACUUUCGGCUGGAGACGCUUCUUGAGGUAAUCCUACGGCUGCCGGACUCCAAUGAAAGACAGCUGCACUUCGCAAAGCUCGUCGAGGUUCAGGAGCAACUGAAGCAGGGCGGAGGUAAGGGAUCCCUAACUCACUUCAGUCGGAAUGAUCAGAGGACUCGGUCCACGUUCAUCUACGUGCGGGGCUGCAUUGGCAAUGGCAUUCAGGAGUGGGAGGAGAUGAUGGCUUCGCUGGAGCUGAGUGGCCUCCGGUUGGAGAUCAAUCGCUUUCAGGUCAAACAGCUGGAGGAUGAGGAGAGCGCCUUGGAGGAGGAGGUCUACGAAGAGUCAGAACCGAAGCCCUGGAUGCGUCAACUGAGAAAGGAGAACCCCUAUCUGUAUCUCCUGAAGAAGCUGCGGUCGAGGAAAUCCUACAGAGAUAGUCUCUACAUGCAGACCUACUCCCAUUUGUGUGACAUGGCCGAAGAUGUGGUCUCCGUUAUCGAAAGUACCCAGAAUGUUUAGCUUAGGUUUAAGUGUUAAGUCCAAAUUUAAUGUGCCAGUAAGAAAACUCCCAAGAAA